AUGUGGGUCGAUCCGCUGGGGAGCACACACAACGCACAAUAUACCUCCUACAUAUGUAGCCCCAUUCGUUGCCAGUUGUUGCUUUAUAGCGGCAUUGUUUCCGCUGACUUUAAAACUGCUUGGGAGGCGGGUAGGCUCCACCAGAAGGCUAUGGCUUCGUUGACAUGGCUGGUGGUGCUCCUAGCUGGCCUGGGCCAGGGAUGGGCCAACAACAGUGGGCUGAACGUGGAGAACAACUACCGCAACAUGAUGGUGCGCCUGGCCAGCAGCAAGCCCGCCUCCGCGGGGAUUCAGGUGCUCCGCGAGGGACGCGUGGAGGUGAGCUUCGACUUUGGCCGCUCGUGGGGCACCAUCUGCAGCACCACCUGGAGCAUGCGGGAGGCGAAUGUGGUGUGCAGACAGCUGGGAUUGGGCUACGCCUCGAAGGCGUCGCAGGGCACGGAGCACGGGGACAGCCGGAAGCAUCCGUGGGCUAUGGUGGGCACGCUGUGCCGGGGCACGGAGCGCCGCCUGGCCGAGUGCAUCCGGGAGUCGCACUACCCGAACCGCUGCAAUGCCCGGAACCAUAAUGUCACCACGGUGGCCUGUGUGAGCCACUCGGCGGAUCUGGAGAUUGGGCUGGCGGAGAUCGAGAGGACAGCCCGACUGGAGGCAGUGCCCAUGUCGCGACUCACCUGCGCCAUGGAGGAGCACUGCGUGUCGGCCGACGCCUACGAGAUCCGCAGGACCAAUCCGCAUGCCGCCAGGAUUCUGCUGCGCUUCUCCGUGAAGGCCUCCAAUGUGGGCACGGCGGACGUGAGUCCGUAUGCCAACUACAAGGAUUGGGUGUGGCACCAGUGCCACAGGCACUACCACAGUAUGAAUGUCUUCGCCACCUUCGAUGUUUAUGAUUUGAAGUACAGGAAAGUGGCCCAGGGGCACAAGGCCUCCUUCUGCCUGAUGGACACGGACUGCACGCCGGGAGUGCGGGCGAAGUACACCUGUGGCAACACCACUCAGGGCAUCUCCGUGGGCUGUGCCGACACCUACACGGACGUCCUGGACUGCCAGUGGGUGGAUGUGACCCGGGUUCCGGUCAACCGACGCUACAUCCUGCGGGUGGCCCUCAAUCCGGAGUACAAGCUGGGCGAGAUCUCCUUCGAGAACAAUGGGGCCGAGUGCCUCCUGGAUUACACGGGCGUGCACCAAACGACCAGGAUCUUCAACUGCCGGCGCAAGCCCUUGUGGUUUAAGAUUUGAUUUUGUGUAGAUUUAAACUUAUAUUUUAAUGUAGA